CAUUUAUUGAGGUUAAGAUAAGAUAAUGUUAAUAAUACACGGGAAUAUUAAAGCUACCGCGUGGUCCUAUGGUGAUGUCAAGCUUGUCUGAACACGUUUGGAAACUGAACUCCCUCGAUUCCCUGAAGAAUGAUGUCAUGAAGAGUGCAGAUGUUGAGCAUGCUUUUGUUGCUGCCGACCACAUAGUGCAAACAGCACAGCUCCCAGAAGCUCAAGGAAAGAACUGGAAGCUAAUGAUCGAUCCUGUAAUCAAAGGGAAAGGUCACACCAAAGUAAUCAGAUAUGGGGGAACUCUCGACGGGCCAGAUGAGAAACCUGCUGUUAUUAAAGAUCCACGGUUUGGUUCCAUUAUGAGGCAAAAAGAGGUCGACUUGAUAUUAGUUCCUAAGUUCAAGUACGACAAAUGGUCAGUUGGUUCCCCUCCUAUGAAGUCAAUAUUCAUCUAUGGUUUGAACGAUAAUGUCAACCAAGAAUUUUUAUUGGGACUUUUCCAGCCGCUUGGUUCCAUUGAUCAGCUCAAGGUGUACUACCACCCAAAGACGACGAAACAUCUGGGAAUAGCCUUCGUGUCGUUCAGCAAGUCUAGUGUUACUAAAGAAGUGUUAGCUAGGUUCCAUGGUACCUCCGUCAUGGGAAACAUCGUCAACAUCAAACCUGAUCCCCUCUGUCAAAUAACGAAGAAAGUGCUGGACAAGCUGAUCAAAGCACCAGGAGUAGUCGUCAACAUUCCUGAAAUAAUCCAGAAUGUGGAACUCCGGUCUCAGCACAAGACGGCAGCCUACGCUUUCCGACACAACGAGCGCUCUCAGCAAUACUACACGGCCCGGGGGAAAGUGCGCAAACCAAGCGAUCUCUCCGAAACACCCAAAUCUGAGUCGAUGCGGCGAGAUUCUCUGACUCAAGAGGAGCCUGAUAAUCAUGAUACAGUUCCAGUACAACAUGAUCUGAAGUUGGAACAAGUUUCUCCAAAGAUAGAUACUCCUCCAGAUACAGAAAUCUCCCCUAUCCAUCCCGAAGAAGACAUAAUGGCUGAACAACAGUCCCCUGUAAACUCGGUAGCCAAGCCAGUCAAGCGUGAACGUUCCCCCGAGAGAGAGACUGCCAUGACACCAGAGCUAAAAUACAAGGUCCCCAAGUCUGAACUGAUGUCUCCAGCUGAUCGACAUGACGAGCGCCGAAGGGACGCUAGACUCUACGAGAUGGACCGGGAGAGAAGAAAGGAUCAUUCUGAGAGAAAGUAUGAGGAAUGGAAGAUGAGGACAGAGAUGCAGAUCCGAGCCGAGAAAACAAGCCGCUAUGUUAAGGAACACUGCAGCGGAAGCAGCAGUCGUACAACCGACAAAUACUCCGAGGAGAAGUACCCAUCUGAAAAGUAUGCGCCUGAAAAGUAUCCACCUGAAAAGUAUGCGCCUGAAAAGUAUCCACCUGAAAAAUACUCAAAAGACAAAUACUCCUCCUCUAAAGAUCACCACCAUAUGUCGGAACGAGAGCGAUACUACGCUUACUACGACAAAUAUUACCGGGACAAAGAUCGACCCAGCGAUCACCGGUACAUGGACGAUAAACACAGGUCUAAAUAUGACAAGUAUGACAAAUAUGCGGUGGAUAAAUACUCUAAAUAUUACGAGUACCACAGGCACUCCGAUCACAAGCCCAGAUCCUCCUCGAAAGAGCUAGAGAAACUCCAGAAACUGUCCAAAUCAGUGAAAGACUAUGAGAAGUAUGAGAACGUUUACCACAGGGAGAGUCCCAGGACAGAUCAUGUUUUGUCGCUCCACGAGGCAGAGAAACAUCGCCACCUAGCAACACCAGACCCCGACCGCAAGUCUCGGUCACGACCCAGAGACGAGCAGCAUCUCGUUGACAGGGUCAGCAAAAGGAAACGAUCAAAGUCUCCCAUCUAUCACCGCAGUCCUAUAUCAGUUCCAGAACCAAAGAAAGUAAGUCCCAAAACAAAGAUGGAGAAUUCCGGAAGUGCAACCAGUCACGACACUGGCUACCACUCAAUUUCACCUCUUCCAGUGUCACCACCAGCUCCAAAACAAGAGAUCCCACAGGACAUUUCCGUCUUAUCAGAAAACCCAUAUGGGUGUGCUCGUGCGGUCCCUCGCAAGGACAUCUCCAAAGUGAAGGUGAUAGGUCAGAAGAGCGAUGGUCCCUCUGAGGACAUGUCGAGCAGUUCUAUGUCUCUGGACGAGGGAAGUGCUGGCGAGGAGGAGUCCCCUGUUAAAGAGAUGAGACUAGAGGACAUCUCCCCCAACACAACUCCCCAGCAACCCCUGGAACCCACCACUCUCCAGCCCCCCAUACCUCUCCUUCCUGUACCCACUGCAGCCCUCCUCAUCACUCCCGCCCUCCCUCCUGUCCAGCCUGUACAAUAUCAGACCGGACAGUGGCUUCAUACCACAUACCCUGACAUGUACCAGUAUGGAUACGAGUCCUACAACCCUGACGAGGCUGCCGAUAUACUCGCAAGACGUGAGGCUGAGGAGAAAGCUGCCAAUAAACGCCUCGAACAAGCACGCAAUAAAGAACGGAAAAACAGAUCUUUGGACAUGAUGCUUUCCUUGAUGGAGAGCAUCCUUAUGAAGGACGUAAAGAUCAUUCUGAACGAGAAAACAGCGUUCACAAAGUUGGAAGAAGUAUGGAACCAGGAGGAGGACAAGAAAAAGAAGGAGGAGGAAGAACUAGCUGCAAAGAAGAAGGAGGAUAUGGCCAAUAACGCUGAUCAGACGUCGAGUAGAGCACCUGACAUGCCGAGCUUGUCAGAAAUGAGAAGUAUGAGUGACGCUAAACAAUCCUCCCACAUCAGACAAGCUAACCUCUCCUUCAAGGUACCCAAGUUGAACCGUGGCAUGAGACCUCAAGUUAUCGUUAAGAAAAUGCAGUUACCGAAGAAGCUCGAUUCUGCAGAGGAACCCAGCGAUGAUGAGGUUAACGACCUGGACCUUGUCGCCAAGAGGAAACAAGUGGGUAACAGAUAUAACAAGAUCUACAGUUCCUCCUCGAGCAGUGAGUCUGAGGAGGAAGGAGAAGAAGUACAGACAGUUCUUGAAAAGGAGGCCGAGCUUUCAGAUCUUGAGCCUAAAGAGGAAAUCACGUUGCCGAGUGUUACACCUCCCAAGUAUACUCCCCGUCUGGACGAAGAGGACAUCUUGGUGUUGGAGCAGCUGUUCAGAGAAGAUUUGACGGAGGAAGACAAGGGCUUCUUCAAAACGGCUUACGAUCAGCUUUUCUCAGAGUGUCGAGAUUUACUGGAGGGGGUGACUUGGUUAUCUGCCCCGGAAAUACCUUACUCAGCUCGACGGAGGCAGCCCUCCUCCGCGGAUGUAAGGCACCGAACUGGGUGUGCGAGAACUGAGGGCUUCUACCGAAUGACAAAACAAGAGAAAAUGGCUCUAAAGUUUGCAUUAUAUAAAGGACCUCUGUCAGAAGCUGCGCCAGGUGCGCCACCUCCACCUCCCAUAUAUCCUGUUAAGAAGGUGGACGGGAGGACGACUGCGCGGAGUACUCGAGCUAUGCAGCGCCGACAAGCAACUCACUAUCUUACUGUUCCUGAAAUUCAGUUCAUGCAGCUCACUACGAGAAGGAAACAAGUGAAGUUUAUGAGAUCGGAUAUCCACGACUGGGGACUCUUUGCCCAGGAGCCAAUCAUGGCAGAUGAACUGGUCAUAGAGUACGUGGGCGAGGUGGUCCGGGAAAUAAUCGCUAAUAUCAGAGAACGGGGGUACGAGAAGGAAGGAAUUGGAUCCAGUUAUUUGUUUAGAAUAGACCAGACUAGUUACAUUGUGGAUGCUACCCACAAAGGCAGCAUUUCUCGUUUCAUCAACCAUAAUUGUGAUCCAAACUGUUAUGCCAGAGUUAUUUCUGUUGGAACGAAAAAGAAAAUAGGGAUUUACUCCAAGCGAGACAUCGACACCAGCGAAGAAAUUACCUACGAUUACAAAUUUGCGAUCGAAGAAGAAGCUAACAAAAUAUCCUGUCUUUGUAAAUCCCCUCUUUGUCGUGGUUUUUUAAAUUAGCGUCAACUACAAUUAUUCUCGUAGAGAAUACAGUGUUUUUAACUUUUUUUUAAUUAUGAGUUUGUUUCUAUUGUUAUCAGUAAAACUCGACGAAUCGAAAUUUUAUCGAAUACAUACUUGUAGAUCGAGUGGACAUCACAAACAGUUAUCUUUCUAAUUGUGGUGUAAAUAUUGAAGUUAUUUAUUUAUGUUUUGAUUUCAAAGUUAGUGAGAACAGAAUUUGUGGUUACUUCCACUUAGAUUCUGUGCUUAUUACUGCUUUAACAGUAUCUCUCUGUCUUUAAAUCCAUUCUUAUACGUGGUACUUUUUGUCGAUGUUAUCGUUUUGAUUUCAAAAUAUUUGUUCUGUACUGUUCGCAAAUUGAAUACUCCAAUUUUUAUCAUAA